AGCCCCGCCCCGAGCCGGCCCCCGCUCACCGCCAUGUUGGGCCUGUCGCCGCCCGUGCUGCUGUUGCUGGCGCUGCCGGGGCUGCUAGGCGGGCGGCCCCGCUACGAGCCCACCUGGGCCUCGCUAGACGCCCGGCCGCUGCCCGCCUGGUUUGACGAGGCCAAGUUCGGCGUCUUCAUCCACUGGGGCGUGUUCGCGGUGCCCAGCUUCGGCAGCGAGUGGUUCUGUGGCUCCCAGAGGUUGUAUUAGUUUACGCUGAAGUCUCUUUGGGAAGAUCACAACAAGAUCCGCGCAGCUGCUGUGGUGGUACAGAGCUGAGCUCAGAGACUGGCUCAGGGUGGCAGGGAGAAACAUUUCAAACAUUCCAGUUCUGCUGUUUUUUCCUUUUACUUUCAAACUCUGUUCAUUUAUGCCUAAAUUUGCCAAAAGGAUUCUGCUGCCUGGCUUCAUUUAUAUGAAGGUGGUACUGGCAGAAGGAAAAGAGGGAGCCCUAUGUGAAAUUUAUGAAGGCAAAUUACCCACCUGGGUUCAGUUAUGAAGAUUUUGGGCCACUGUUUACAGCAGAGUUCUUUGAUCCUAACCAGUGGGCAGAUAUUCUGAAGGCUUCAGGUGCAAAAUAUGUUGUCUUAACUUCAAAACAUCAUGAAGGCUUUACUUUGUGGGGGUCCAAAUAUUCUUGGAACUGGAACGCUGUCGAUGUGGGACCGAAGCGAGAUCUUGUGGCUGAGCUAGAAACAUCUGUUAGAAACAGGACUGACUUGCGUUUUGGUUUAUAUCACUCUCUGUUUGAAUGGUUUAAUCCUCUCUUCCUUGAGGAUGCCACCAAUGUCUUCAAGACAAGAAAGUUUCCAACCAGUAAAUCAUUACCAGAACUCUAUGAAAUUGUGACCAAGUACCAACCAGAAAUAGUUUGGUCUGAUGGGGAUGGAAAUGCACCAGAUACUUACUGGAACAGCACUGGUUUUCUAGCUUGGCUGUAUAACGACAGUCCAGUUCGGGACACAGUCGUGACCAAUGACCGCUGGGGAGCUGGCAGCAUCUGUAAGCAUGGUGGCUUCUACACAUGUAGUGACCGGUACAACCCAGGACACCUUCUGCCUCACAAGUGGGAGAACUGCAUGACUAUUGACAAGAGGUCAUGGGGGUACAGGAGGAAUGCAAAUCUUGACGAUUACUUCACAAUUGAGGACUUGGUGAAGCAACUCGUAGAAACGGUGGCUUGUGGAGGAAAUCUCCUGAUGAAUGUCGGGCCCACUCACGAUGGCCGCAUCGCUGCUAUAUUUGAGGAACGCCUGAGGCAGAUGGGUGCUUGGCUGAAAGUCAAUGGAGAAGCCAUCUAUGGAACGAAACCAUGGAGAGCACAGAACGACACGGUCACACCGGAAGUGUGGUACACGUUCAGACCAAAGGAAGGCAAAGUUAAUGCCAUCUUCCUUAACUGGCCAAGCUCUGGGAUUCUGGAACUUGGUGAGCCAGAGGCACGGCUUGCAGAAACACAGGUGAAGUUGGUUGGCUACAAGGAACCGCUGAAAUGGGUUGCACUGGGAGAAAAGGGAAUCGUGGUAGCUCUACCUCAAUUAACUCUGAAGCAAUUGCCAUGUCAGUGGGGCUGGACCUUGCAACUGACUGAUGUAAACUGAGCCACACAAUGGAGCCUUGGGAAGUAGGGAAGUUACGUUGUUUUUUUUUUUCUUCCUGCCCAGCUUCUCGUCACUGGUUUCUAACUCUUGCUUGACUGAGAAACAUGUACCUAUUUAUUUUUGAAAGACAGACUGUUCUACAAGAUGGAAUGAAAUGAACGUUAUGCAAAGUCUAGGUAGUUACAUCUCUAUUGUACUAUUUGUUUCUUUGAGCUUCUGUGAAUAACUUGACCUCUUCACUUUUUUUUAGUCUGUUUCUUGACAAGUUAAGUGAAAAGGAGCAGUAGAUCUUUUUUUAAGCCACAAGAACAAUGCUAGCCCAAGCUUACAUUCAGCAGAUCAGACAACUGUGCACAUAAGUUGUAUACUUUCAACGCAAGAAAACUUAGUUCUAUGAAACUGUAUUGUAAAAAAAAAUAUAUAUACAUAUAUGCCCUAAAGAAUGAACUUUCCGGUUGUGUGCUAUGACUGGCAGCUGGUAGCUUCAGCUGAGAUGGAUACUGCAUCUGCAAGAACAAUCUUAUAAGGACUAGCAAUUAAUCAUGAAUGCAUGGAGGCAAUGCAUAUGUACAUUUUAGUUUCUAAUGAUGGGAUAAUAAUGAGAAUCGCUAAUUUAACAGAACUAUUUUGAGUAAUUCUGUCUGUUAGUUCUGAGAAUUUGCUUUUUUUCCCUAUUUUUGUAUUAUGUCAUAAGGUUAAGGCUGACUUGUUUACAUCCAUUAUUUUUACAGUUACCAGGGUGCCUUCUGUGGACUAUGGACUAUUAACAACAACAACAAAAACAUAAUUCAGCAACUUUUUUUUUAAGUUGUUGCUAGGCAUCCUCAGCUUUGGCAAGAAGAGAACAUUUUAAAGCAUGAGGUGGACUGUGUCCAACUUGAAAAGUUCCCAAACUCAUCAUGUAUCAAGACUAAUAAUGGCAGACCUGCAAUGUGAGACUUGCGAGGAGGGGGAGACAAAGGACAACAAAAGAAAGACAGGAACGUUUUCAGUGUAGAAACCAAAGGCUUACUUCUUCCUGUGUAAUCUGAAUAAAUGCAAAACUGUUACUGUGUAAGUUAAA